AUGGGGUCCCAUCCCACCCCUGCAGGCUCUGUCUGGACGUGCCAGGCAGUGCUGGGCUCCAGCUGGACAUGCCGAGCGGUGCUGGGGGACGGGCACCAGCGCACCGUGCGCAGGGUCGCCUGGUCCCCCUGUGGCUCCUACCUAGCUUCUGCCAGCUUCGAUGGCACCACCUGUGUCUGGAAGCGGCAGGAGGAUGGAUUUGAGUGCGUGGCCACCCUCGAGGGGCACGAGAAUGAGGUGAAGUCAGUGGCCUGGGCACCCUCGGGGUCCCUGUUGGCCACGUGCAGCCGAGACAAGAGUGUCUGGGUGUGGGAAGUGGAUGAGGAGGAGGAAUAUGAGUGUGUGAGUGUCCUCAAUGCCCACACCCAGGACGUGAAACAUGUGGUGUGGCACCCGAGCCAGGAGCUCCUGGCCUCUGCCAGCUACGAUGACACGGUGCGUCUGUACCGGGAGGAGGAGGACGACUGGGUGUGCUGUGCCACCCUGGAGGGACACGACUCCACCGUCUGGGCCGUGGCCUUUGACAAGGAGGGGGAGCGUCUGGCGUCUGUCAGCGACGACAGGACCCUCCGGGUGUGGCGCCGGUACCACCCCGGGAACCAGGAAGGCGUGGCCUGCAGUGGCACCGAUCCCACCUGGAAGUGUGUGUGCACCCUCUCAGGGUAUCACAGCAGGACCAUCUACGACGUGUCCUGGUGCCACCUGACAGGUGCCCUGGCCACAGCCUGUGGUGACGACGCCAUCCGGGUGUUCGAGGAGAGCCCCACGUCGGAGGAGGCCCAGCCCACCUUCAGCCUCACCGCCCACGUGCCCCGGGCACACUCCCAGGACGUCAACGGGGUGGCCUGGAACCCCAAGGAGCCAGGACUCCUGGCGUCCUGCAGCGAUGACGGGGACAUCGCCUUCUGGAAGUACCAGCGCCCUGAGGGCUGCUGAGAGGGACAGACCCCCUUGUGUGUCCCCCCGAGCCCACCCUGGCCUGCUCCUCAGCUGUGGGAGGCCAGGACAGCUGUGCCGGACUCUGGUUGGAUCCAGGAUCUGGAGCAGGACUUUCUCCCCUCUCUUCCCCCCCCCCCAAUAAAUCCAUGAGCUCCUGGC